AUGAUUGGAAAAGAUUGUUUAAUUAAAAAGUUCAAGACUUGGAGAAUAAGAACAUAAAUAUUAGUUACUUAAUUAAUCACAAUGAUUGUUUCUGUUACAAUUUUGGGAUUAUGUUUAUUUCUAAAUUUUGAAGGAAUAUUUUAGGCCUUGUAGAAUGAUGCAGAAAAGAAAUUCAUUAUGAAUUUUAUUUAUCGUCAAACUAAUUCAUAAUUAAAUGCAUAUACUAGAAAUCUAGAAAAUAGAAUUAGAUAAGGAAUUUAUGCAAUAAAUGAUAUCAACCUCUUAAAUUAAUAAAUUUACAAUACAAGCAUGACUUUUGUAUAGAAUUCUGAUAGAUGUCUUUAAGAAUCAUAUCUUAAUGAAAGUUUUGUUUUAAAAUGCUAAUAUUGUUAUGGUAUUUUUGAUUGUUCAAAUCAAAUUUACAAUCCAGAAUAAUACAGUUAAGAAUUUCUUUAACUUUCUAAUUUAUUAACUUCAUUAAUCCCAAUGCAAAUUUAAUUAGAUAUGUAUUUUACUUCAAUCUCAAAAGAUUGUUAUUUUUCAACCUAUCCUGGUUAACCUUUUGGUGAUUAUGUACCAUCAUCAAGAAGGUGGUUUCAAAAUCAUAUGGCCAAUAUAAAUAAAUCUGAAUAUAUUAUUUCAGAACCUUAUACUAAUUAUUUUGGAGGUGUAUACAUAUCUGGUACUACUAACUUAUAUAAUGGAGCAAAUAAUGAAAGAAUAGGCAUUAUUGUUGUUGAUCUAAAUUUCUCAGAUAUUCAUUAAUUUAUGGAAGAUGAUCAAUAGAUGUUAGCUAUGGAUUCAAAUGGUAGAAUUUUGAUUAGUAAAUUAUAUACAGUUAAUACAUCUGAAGUUUAUUACUUAUAUAAUUAAAGUAUUUUUGGUUUUGAUUAAUCAGAUGUUAAUUUAAUCUUAAACCAUGAUAUAUAAUCAUAGAAAAAUUAAAUAUGUGAAAUAUAAAUUCCAUAAACAAUUUGCAUUGAAAAUAAAAAUACUGGUGUUUUAUGGUAUUUUAGAGUUAAAAAAGUAACUGGAGAUUAUUAUGUUCUAUCAAUGUUUAAUUCAUCAGCAUAUUCUAAUUAUUAUUAAACUUUGAGAACAACCCUAUCUAAAAUCUAUACAGAAAUAGUUACAGAUUUUAUAUUCGGUAUACUUUCGAUAAUAUUAUCAUGCUUUUGUAUAUAUUUAGGUUGUUUUGUAAUACUUCAAAAACCAAUAGAUAAAUUGAUAAAUAGUUUUAAUAAAUAUUUGUUAUAUGGUAAAUAAUUAAGUUAUCUUAUGUUAAAAAUUGAUCAUCAUGAUUAAUUAGAUAAAUUAAGUUAAGCAUUUAUAAGAGUUAUGACAAGAUCUAUGUCAAAUAAAGAUAAUAGAAAGAGAAUAGUAGAUAAAUACAUGAGUGAAUCUAAAUAUCCUAUCAAUUUUUAUGUUAAUUCCAAAAUAAUGAAUGCACAAACUAAAUUACUUCUUUAUGUAAAAUUUUAAAUAUGAUCUUAAAAGAACUUAGAAAUGAGUUCAUCAAGAUAAAAAAACAUUGAUCAAUUCUUUCAACAAUAUAGAUAAGAGAAUUCUUAACAAAAAUCAUUUUGA